GAAUAAAUUAGAAUUAGUGUUAAAAAGAAGGCAGAAUGGGUAACUUAUACGGUGACAACGGUGGAGUUGUUCAAGAACAUCAGCAAAAUAGUGAUUUUGUUAAUUAUUGCAACAAAAUGCAAGGAAACUUAGUGGCGGAUAUGUCCAAUUGUGGUAGUGGAGAUCUACGUGCACGUAAAAAUGGUUUCAAGGCUAAUGAGACAGAAGCGAAGCCUGUUAAUGGUUGCCUGAAGAAUUGCUCCACUAACUCCACGACCUGUCAACAAGCGAAAGGAAAAGUAUGCCCUAACAGCAGUCAAGCGUUGCUCACGCCAGCGAAAAAACUAAAAGAAUUGGCUGAGGAGCACACCACCAAGACGUCAUUCGAGGAAGUACCGCUUCAUACUGCCUGCCUCACAUAUCUGGGCUUCUAUUUGCUUAUGAUACUCGGCUAUAUAAACCAGUUGCUUUUCGUGCCGAAAGUCGCAAAAGAAGAAAAUCGUGAUGGCUACGUAACACUCUAUGAUGCCUUUGAGAGUUUCUACUCGCGUUAUGUAUACCGACGUGUGCGCGAUUGUUGGAAUCGUCCCAUAUGCAGUGUACCUGGUGAUGAGGUAACACUAAAGGAUCGUGUAACGAAGGAUUAUGGCUGGAGUUUUCAGUUUACUGGCACUGAAACACGUUGUUUAAACCUGGGUUCAUACAACUAUUUGGGUUUUGCCGAUGCGAAAGGUCCCUGCGCGGAGAAAUCUGAAAAGACCGCACGCGAAAUGGGUUUAGCUAUGACUUCGUCACGUGUAGAGUUGGGUACAACACAACUGCAUUUGGAUUUGGAACAAUUGACCGCACGUUAUUUGGGUGUAGAAGAUGCGAUCGUAUUUGGCAUGGGAUUUGCGACAAAUGCGCUCAAUUUACCAUCACUCAUUUCGCCGGGUUGUUUGGUUUUGAGCGACGAAAAGAAUCACGCUUCGAUUAUUUUGGGUCUGCGGCUAUCUGGCGCUACCACUAAAGUGUUUAAGCAUAAUAAUAUGCGCGACUUGGAACGUGUCUUGCGCCACAAUGUGGUGCAUGGCAAUCCGAAAGCAGGUGGUAAACCAUGGAAGAAGAUUUUGAUUUUGGUGGAAGGUGUUUUCAGUAUGGAGGGUUCCAUUGUGCGCUUACCAGAGAUUAUUGCUUUAAAGAAAAAGUAUAAAGCUUACUUGUACUUGGAUGAAGCACACAGCAUUGGCGCAAUGGGUCCGAAUGGUGGUGGUGCCGUGGAUUAUUUCGGCGUGGAUCCUAACGAUGUCGACAUAUUGAUGGGUACCUUCACGAAGAGUUUCGGUAGUGCUGGUGGCUAUAUUGCCGGUUCAAAGCGUUUAAUCGACUAUUUGCGCACAAACAGUCAUGCACAUUGCUAUGCCAGUAGCAUGUCACCGCCCAUUGCCCAGCAGAUCUACACUUCGAUGAGUAUGAUAAUGGGUUUGGAUGGCACCGAUACCGGACGUCAGAAGAUUAACCAACUGGCGCGUAAUACACGCUAUUUCCGUCGGCGCUUAGCACAAAUGGGUGUAAUUACGUACGGGCAUGAGGACUCGCCGGUAGUGCCCAUGUUGGUUUACCUAUUUUCAAAAAUCGGUGCCGUUGUACGCACAUUAACAACACGCCACAUCGCUGUCGUAGGUGUUGGUUUUCCGGCGACGCCAAUCAUGGAGGGGCGUAUACGCUACUGCCUAUCGGCAGCACAUACCAAAGAACAAUUAGACUAUGCACUAGAUGUCAUUGACGAGAUCAGUGAUACACUAGGCUUAAAAUACUCGCGGAAACCUCGCGAACCCAAUCCAAUUGAGUAUUGAAUAAGCACAACUCCCCGCUAAACGAAACUCGCAAACAAAGCGCAGAUAUCCACACAGUGCUUCUAAAGCGCGUCAUGAUAUUUGUGUGUGUAUUUAAGUGUCGCUAAUAAAGCAGACACAUAGUUUUCCCUAACCGUUAAGCUAAAAAGUAUAUAUGUAGUUGUGUUUAGUAGCUUUUGCUGCAUACAAGCUGAAUAUCUGCACUAAUGUUAAAUUUACAUAAACAUUUUCAAUAUGCAAACAAUGCAUUACUCUAAUAUAAAUAGAAAAUAAAUCACAGUUAACAGUUUUACAGUUAAUUGCAAUUGAUCACUGUUUAAAUACUGAAAGCGCAAAUACGGACGAAUUUUGUUCGUAAGCAUUGCCGAUCCGGUUCAAAAAUGUAAAUGAUAAAUAAACAAAUCGGCUGGCAACAUUUGUGAUUGGAUUAUAGAAUAGAGUAUGAAACAUUUUCGAUAAAAUUCUUCUAUUUAUGAAUUGUUACUUGAUAGUACUGUAACGUUAGCAUUUAUUUAUUUAUGUUUAUCAAUAAAUAUUUACGCGUACAAAUGCUGGUCCAGUCCACUGCUGUUGCUGUCAACAUUACAAUAAUUACAAUAACUACAUUGAACCACGCUAUUCAUAAUGCUAGAGUGGCAAAGUUUAUUAUUGCCAUUUUAUAUAUUGCAAGUAUUUUGUGCUAUUUUUAUCGAGCAAUGUCGUUUUGUGUAUAACAUUGCAUGAUUAUUUAUAUAUUUUAUUUCAUUUGUAUUUUUAGUUUACUCUUAAUUAAACUACUUAUAAUGAAAUAAUUAUAAUAAAGUCGAACAAUCAACAAAGUACCCUCAACCAAAGUAA